AUUAGAGGAGUUGCAGAGGCAGGUUGGUCAAUAUUUAAAUACGCCGGUAAUGUCUGACAUAUUUUCACAAAAACUGGUGGUGCAGCUGGUAGGACUGCGGUCUGCAUGUUCUGCCUGUGCAUGUGUGGGGUCUCCAGCUUGCUCCCGCACAGUAAGAACAAGACUCUUGUCUCUAGGUGCGUGUCUCCGAGGCUGAAUGUCUCUGUGCUGUGGAGUCCUGUCCAGGACAGACUCUGCCUCGCAGUGACCGCUGGAGACAGACACAAGCAGGAUGGCUGAAGCUGAAACCGAGGUCUGGUUGCAGAAGAAAGACUUGGCUGUGAGAAUUAACUGAGGCCAGCCAAGUUAGUCAGCUGAGCCUGAGACCUCCAUUGAUACUUCACUUCCCAUCAUGCACUCUGUCAUAACAUCCUGUACUGCGUGAAAUGCAGCAGCCUUUCCUUCGGUCCUGGUUUUGAGAAACGUUUCUUAAGGUGGUCUGGAACAAGGACGGGAUUGAACGUGAGCGAGAAAGCAGCCAGUGUCUGGAGAGAGACUGAAAAACCUUCAAAACAUCUGGAGAACUGCUGAUCAGGUUCAAAGGAUUGGACCAUGCAGAAUCGAAUAAACAGGAGAGAAUACACCGAACAUUUUGUUAAACAGCGACACCUGAAGUUAACAGAGCUGAAAUUGGAAGCUGAAAGGUUUGGUUUGAAAAACAGAUACCUCCGGACUGAAAACAUCCCAGAAUAUCCUAAACCAGAGUUCCACGUGAGUCUUCUGAAACAUGAAACUACAGGAUCAGCGCUAUGUGGGAUCGGGAAGGAUGGGGGCUUCAGGAAUCCAUAUGGAGGACCUUUUAUAUGGUGGAGUCUGGCUGUGGGACCAGACCAGAUGAAGGACGCAGAGACGAGGCUCCUGGAGAAGACGUUCCCAGACCGGAUGGAGGGCGAAGAUCCUGAGCAGCAGAGCUUCCUGUGGAGGUUUGCCACGUCUCCAGCCUUCAAGGAGACGUCCCGGCUGGGCUGGUACCGCUUCACCUUCCCCCUGCAGGAGGUGCUGACGGCCUACAGAGACCAGUUCUGCUCCGGUUCUCAGCCCAUCUUGCGGGUCUACGAGACUGUCCUAUACAGACAAGAAGUGAUGCAUGUUGUUCUGGUCCACAAUCCAGCUAAGCAGAACUUCUCACACUACCCUUUGCUGACCGAUGACCCAGAUGCUGUUUGUGUUUACAAAGACGGACAUUUUAUCUGGAGACCAGAGGCCAUGUGUGAGAAACACUGGUUGAAGCUGAUCUGCAGACCUGACAGCCAGCAGCUGGAGGCCUGUGGUGUAGCUGAGGAUCUCUGUUAUGUCUGGGACAAGGUCGCUGUUGCUCUGGACGUUGGGAAGACACAGGUGCUGAAGUUUGGUGCUGAUCGGCUGAGAAACAACCUGAAGUACUGUCUCCUGGAUGACAUUAAUUGCCUUCCAAAGGAUCACACACCGGUCAGUUUUGAUGAUGCUAAAUCGGUGGUGAAGAGUCUGUGGCCGGGCUGGAGUGGUCCUCUGGAGGAGGAGAGCUCACUGCUGCACCGUUUAUCAGUUUCAGAUCUGCGCCUGGUUCUGGUUGGGUGGGCUGGAGUUGGGAAGAGCUCUAGUGGGAACACCAUCCUGGGAAGAAACGCCUUCAGGACGAGUCCACCAUUUGGUCCACCAUUUGGUAGAAGCAGCUGCUGUCUGCAGAGAGGCAACGUCUUCAGCAGGGAGGUGACCGUCAUCGACACUCCAGCUCUCCCAGAAACAUCCGACCCUGAGAUGAGGACGGAGAUCUUCAGGUGCAUCAACCGGUCGACGCCGGCGCCCCACGCCAUCCUGCUGGUCGUCAGACUGGGGUUCCUCACUACGCAUGUAGAGGAAACAGUGAAGCAGCUGGAAAAGAUGUUUGGAGAAAAUGUCUGGAGACGCACCAUGAUCCUGUUCACCCAUCAGAACCAGGCAGAACCAGACAUCCAGAGCCAGCUAAAGGGGAAUGAAAACCAACUGACACUCCUGUUCAGCAAAGUAGGCAACAGAUUUCAGGUCCUAAAUAACAACCCGCAUCACAGAGACGUUCAGCAGGUCUGGGAUCUGCUGUUUGAGGUGAAGAAGAUGCUGGUGAACAAUAGACUGGUGUAAACGGGGCAGAACCACGAUUUCAAUGUUUGAAGCUCCAGAAAGUAGUAGGGAAUGUUUUAGAGAUGAAAUGGCUCGAAUCAUCUGUGUUUUCAUAAAACUGUCAUACAGGGAUGGAAAAGCACCUUCACUGACAUGAUCUCUGCCUCAACACAUGAUAAGCUCCUGGCUUUUCAGCACAUAAUUCAUUCUCAGGGACAGCAGCAGAAAUGCAUCACACAGAGUAACAACAGAGAUUUCCAAGUGCUGAAAAAACAUCCAAGUGAACUUUUGUUUUUAGCGAGAGCAGCUUCGUGCUGCAGGAAUCAUGUGAGAGUCACGGCUCUUUGACGGGUCCUGCAUCUUUUUUUUUUCUUUUUCUAAAAUGUGUGUUCAACAAAUGUGAUUCUGUGACAAUACUAAAAUUUCCCACAAUUUUUGAAGGCAGCACCGACACAAGCAGUGCAAAGUGCAUAAUGUACAGGUGGUAAUGUUCUGUUAAGCUACUGCUACCAGUCUGCAGUAGUUGAGUCGUUCUAGGAGGAGAGACUUUACCUGACAGAUGAGAGCUGAAUCAUCUAGGAUUUAAAUUUGUUUCCAUGACAACAGCUUUCCUUAACAGGUCUGUGAGUUUCUAUUGGCUGCAUGAUUUCACCCUGUGCUGCAUCCAAGCUCCAGAUUGUGGCUCAGACAUGGAAGUGAAGCUGAACAAGCCGCUGCUGCUGCUGCUGCUGCUGCUGCACAUAACAGGAUACAAGCGAACCUGAGUCAGAGUUUGUGCUGCAGGUUCUGGUUCUGCUCAGGAGGAAAUAAAUCAACAUUGUGCGCAGAGCAGAAUGGCAGAAAUUUUUCAACUGCAGAAAAAACAUGAGAAAAAUUUCAACUCCAAAUACCAGGGCUGUCCUUUAAGAGCUGAGGUCCAACAGCCGUAUCCUGAUUCAUUCAGGAUGUCUCACCUCCAGACACAAACCCUGCAUCCAGACACAGCAGUAUAGGCAUCUGGUAGGACCUGUAGGAAAUGCUGAUUGGAGACUGAAGCUGGGCCAGAGCUGAUUGACUCACUGGGUUCUGUCUGAACUGGUGAAACUGGUCUGAGAAAGUAGAUCCUGACAUUCUUGAUUCUGGUUUUUCAUUCUAUUCAUCUCACGCUGCACCAUGGCAAAAAUGGUUUUCCAUAAUCAGCAUUUGAAGUUGGAAGACCUAAAAAGGCAACGUAGAGUUCCA